UUCCAUUCCUUUUAAGCCAGAAAUUACCAUAUUGACUUUAUGGCUGAAAACAAGAACAAGCUGACCAUCCAAAACUUCCAUCAAAUGGCAAGCUUGGUCUCGGUCAAGCUGUCAAGUUCCAACUUCCUACUCUGGAAAUCUCAAAUUUUCCCACUUAUUAGGAGCGCCCAACUUCUACAGCAUCUUGAAGAAGAGGCUCCAGCAACUACCAUUACCAAGGACGGCAAAGAAGAAUCAAAUCCAGAUUAUGAUAUAUGGCUAAAUAAUGAUGGAUUGUUGACAAGUUGGCUACUUGGAACUAUGAAUGAGGAAGCACUUAGCCUGGUCGUUAGCUGUGAUACAGCCUUUCAAAUCUGGAAAUGCCUCAAGGAGCAUUAUCUCGCCUCAACCAAAGAACAAGAGCUUCAUCUCAAGGGACAAUUGGCAAUCAAAAGAGGAGAUAGUGAGUCUCUUGAGGAUUUUAUCAGGAAGUUCAAAGGAGUUUGUGACAAGCUAGCUGCAAUUCGCAAGCCUCUAGAUGACCUAGAUAAAGUGUUUCAGUUAUCUCGAGUUGUAGGGAUAAGAUAUCAGCCUUACAACCUGGCAGUCUUGUCAAAGGAACCAUAUCCCACCUUCAAUCAAUACACUACAGGGCUACUAAAUAAUGAGAGGGAUAUCCAAGCUAUAGAGCUAGAAAGCAAAGAUAAAACUCCUGCAUAUUCUCAAGUUUUUGUGGCACAAAGGGGGAGAGGUCAUCGAGGCAGAGGAUAUGGUGGCAAGCAUUUCAAUUCUAGAGGACGAGGAUUUGUUCAAGCUGGAAAUUACAAUAACAAUUGGACCAGCAAUACCAAUUGGGCCAGCAACAACAGAAGCAAUUUAGUGAAUAACAAUCCAACACCCCAGCAAGCUUUGCCUCAAAAAUUCCAGCAAAAAGCUAUGACGCAAAAAGGUGAGAAUCCAUGUCAAAUAUGUGGUAUUGCAGGGCAUACAGCAUUAAAAUGCUGGUAUCGUUUUGAUCAUGCUUAUCAAAGUGAGGAGUUACCACAAGCACUUGCGACAUUCACUGUGAAGGAUAAAGAUGAAAACUACUAUGUGGAUACUGGAGCCUCUGACAACAUGAUUUUUGAUUCAGGUAAACUUUAUUAUAAAAGGCCUUAUAAUGGAAAUCAGAAGGUUUUUACAGGUGAUGGCACUCCAUUACAUAUCUCACAUAUUGGUAGUGCUUCUCUUGGAAGAUUAAAACUUAAUGAUGUGCUUGUUGUUCCUAAUCUUAAGAAAAACCUUAUUUCUAUAAGCAAAGUUACUGAUGAAAAUCCUUAUAUUUUUGAAUUCUCAUCUAAUGGUUUUGUGAUUAAGGAUCAAAUAACUCAAGCGGUGGUGGCAAAAGGAACUAGGAAGGGGCAAUUAUAUGCACUAGAAGAAGGAGAAAAACAUGCUUUAAUAGCUAUUUCCAAUAAGGCCUCAGAUUCUAUUUGGCAUCAGAGAUUAGGACAUCCCAAUUCUAAUGUUUUAAGGACUCUAGCUUCUAAGAAUAACAUUGCAGUUUCAAACUGGACCAAAACUCCUCAUUUAUGUUCUGGUUGUCAAAUGGGGAAAAGUUAUGAUCACAGCAGGUAUACUUGGUUCUAUCCACUUCACAAGAAAUCUGACUUUUUUGAUGUGUUUCAGAAAUUUCAAAGAAUGAUAGCAACACAAUUUAACAAGAACAUACAGGUGUUCCAGUGUGAUGGUGGUGGAGAAUUUUCGAGUAAGAGUUUUCUCAAUCACUUAGCUGAAUGUGGCAUUAAAUUACAAGUAUCUUGUCCUAGAACUCCUGAACAGAACGGUGUAGUAGAAAGAAAGCAUAGGCGCUUAGUUGAGACAGAGGUACCUGAAUCAACCUCACCUCAAGGAUCCAAGAGUACAGAUGGUAAUUCCCCUCAAAACAUACUAGAGGAAGCAAGUAAUCUAGAAGGACCUGGAUCAACUCAUCUUGGAAAUAACAUCCAUGAAAAUGAGGUGUGUAAUUCACCAGUACAGCUUGAACCUGAUCCUUCUCAACCUAUACAAGGACCAGGUAGUUCUUAUUGUGAAGGGGUACCACCACCAGCUCACAAUGCCACCUCCACUUCCGUUCACCCUAUGACUACUAAAGCAAAAUCAGGGAAGCAUACUGGACAUGUCCAAACUACUUUUCCUAAGUUUGCUCAUUCUAUGACUACUAAUACUUAUUCAUUACCUGGUGCAGAAUUGGACAUUCAGGAACCCAAAUCAGUUAAAAAGGCACUACAACUUCCUCACUGGAAUAAUGCUAUGCAAGAAGAGCUAGAUGCACUUCACAAGAAUAACACAUGGACAUUAGUGCCUAGACCCUCAUCACAGACAAAUAUUGUAGGCUCCAAAUGGGUCUUCAAAACAAAGCUUCUCCCUAAUGGAACGGUAGACAGGUUUAAAGCAAGACUAGUAGCACAGGGAUACUCUCAAAUCCCAGGAGUGGAUUUUGAAGAGACUUUUAGCCCUGUUCUCAAGCCCACCACCCUUCGUUUGGUUGUUGCUCUUGCCACAACAAUGUCAUGGCCGUUACGACAAUUAGAUGUGAAAAAUGCAUUUUUACAUGGGAAGCUCAAAGAGGAAGUCUACAUGACCCAACCACCAGGUUUUGAAGAUGCUUCACACCCUGAAUAUGUUUGCAAGCUCAAUAAAUCUAUCUAUGGUCUAAAGCAAGCUCCAAGGGCAUGGUUUGACACAUUCACACUGCAACUAUUGAAAUUGGGGUUCCAUUGUAGCCAAGCAGACUCUUCUUUGUUUGUUCUUCAUCAUGGUCAAGAUGUGGCUCUGCUCUUAUUGUAUGUUGAUGACAUAGUCCUUAGUGCAAGCUCACAGUUUUUGCUGCAACAGAUAAUUGAUCAUCUUGGCAGUCAAUUUGAUUUAAAGGAUCUUGGCCCACUUAACUACUUUUUGGGGAUUGAGGUCACUGAAUUUUCAGGGGGCAUAUUUUUAUCACAAGCUAAAUAUGCCAAAGAUAUUCUGACUCGAGCCCACAUGUUUGCAGCAGCAUCCAUCGCCACCCCAUUGGCAACGAAGGACACUUCUACUUUAAAGGAUGAUGACCUGGUUGAUGCAAAUGAGUACAGAAAGCUUGUUGGUGCAUUACAAUAUUUGACAAUUACCAGAACUGAUAUUUGUCAUGCUGUGAAUAGAGUUUGUCAGUUCAUGCAACAACCUACAUUUGCUCAUAUGCGACAAGUUAAACGUAUUUUGAGAUACAUAAAAGGAACCAUACACCAUGGACUACGCUUCUCCUCUCAUAGCACUCUUUCACUCACAGGGUUUUGUGAUGCUGAUUGGGCCGGUUGCCCAAUUACAAGACGAAGCACCACUGGUUACUGUGUUUUCCUUGGAGCAAAUUGCAUCUCAUGGUCUUCUAAGAAGCAACCUACCAUCGCUCGUUCUACUGCUGAAGCAGAAUAUCGAGCCUUGGCUACUACUACAGCUGAAAUUGUUUGGGUUACCUAUCUUCUACGUGAUAUUGGGGUUUCACUUCCUUCUCCUCCUCAACUUUUUUCAGAUAAUCUUAGUGCUUUACAUAUACAUGCUUACAAAACCACUUCCGCGUGCCCAAUUUCAAUUGUUAAAGUUCAAACUGGGUUUGGUUGAGUCACCUCACGCCAGUUUGAGGGGGAGUAUGAAGACUAAAUCAGAACUAGCAAG